AUGAACAUCUCUCACUUCCUGGCCUUGCUGCUCCCAGGAUCCCCACAGGGUCAAAACAGGAGCAGGUCAAGGAGCAUUCCAUACAACUUCUCUGACCACUGCCAGGAUUCUCUGGACCCGAUGGUCUUUAUUGUUGUCUCUUAUAGCAUCGAGACUAUUGUGGGGGUCCUGGGCAACCUCUGCUUGAUAUGUGUGACCAUUAGGCAGAAAGAGAAGACCAAUGUGACCAACCUGCUCAUUGCCAACCUGGCUUUCUCUGACUUUCUCAUGUGCCUCAUCUGCCAACCACUCACGGCCAUAUACACUAUUAUGGACUACUGGGUCUUUGGGGAGGCCCUUUGCAAGAUGUCAGCAUUCAUCCAGUGUAUGUCGGUGACAGUCUCCAUCCUUUCGCUUGUCCUUGUGGCCUUGGAGAGGCAUCAGCUCAUCAUCAACCCAACAGGCUGGAAGCCCAGCAUCUCCCAGGCCUACCUGGGGAUUGUGGUCAUCUGGCUCAUCGCCUGCCUUCUCUCCCUGCCCUUCCUGGUCAACAGUGUUCUAGAGAAUGUCUUUCACAAGAACCACUCCAAGGCUGUGGAGUUUCUGUUAGAUAAGGUGGUCUGUACAGAGUCCUGGCCGCUGUACCACCACCGCAUCAUCUACACCACCUCCCUGCUGCUCUUCCAGUACUGCAUGCCUCUGGCCUUCAUCCUGGUCUGCUACGUCCGCAUCUACCGGCACCUGCGGAAGAGGAAGCGGGUGUUCCGCAAGGGCACCUACAGCUCGCGGGCUUGGCAGAUGAAGAGGAUCAAUGGCAUCCUCGUGGCGAUGGUGGUUGCCUUCGCCAUGCUCUGGCUGCCGCUGCAUGUGUUCAACAGUCUGGAGGACUGGUACCAUGAGGCCAUCCCCAUCUGUUAUGGCAACUUCAUCUUCUUGGUGUGCCAUCUGCUUGCCAUGGCCUCUACCUGUGUCAAUCCUUUCAUUUAUGGCUUUCUCAACACCAACUUCAAGAAGGAGAUCAAGGCCUUGGUGCUGACAUGUCAGCAGAGUGCCCCCGUGGAAGAGUAUGAGCAUCUGCCCCUAUCCACAGUGCACACGGAAGUCUCCAAAGGGUCUCUGAGGCUCAGUGGCAGGUCCAACCCCAUUUAG